CACUGACCAGCCUCAACAACAGGGCAUCAUUGGGUCCCUUCUGGCUGUCAGUGCGAGGGUUGGAUAGCAACGAUGGCCUGGAAAUCCUUCUAUGAACGAUAGCAUACUUUGAGUCAGGAUGGAUGCCAUUUCCAAGGCUCUUGAGAGCCGGAUACCCAUUUCUAGUUCCGUUCUUUCAGAUCUAGGCAAGGGUGUUUUGCGCAAAGCACUAUUGGAUGCCUCAGAAGAUGAGGAAGUACACCAGAUCUUGAAUGUUUGGCCCAGACUGGUGCUCACCGCCAAAUAUCCCCAAGUCGUCGACAAGCAUCUCACUUCUGCCUCGAACGCCUUGUGUGUAUUUCUUAAUGGAGGAGCUGCAAGCCAUAAUCCCGAGGUCUACCGUUUUGUUACUUCUAAAGAGGUGUGGUUCGAUGCUUUCCAGUGUGCAGAGAAAGCUUUCGACGAUGGGAAGACGAAGCCGGCUUUUCAAGUACUGGAAACUCUAUGUGAUAUGCUUCAGAAGAUGUCCGAUGAAGACAGUAUUGUCGACAUCUUAACAACUGCCACACUGCCGUUGUUCACAAUCAUCCUUCUUUGCUCUCCCCGGUCUGAUCUCAAGAAAGCUUGUCUCAUGCUGACCUGCUUCUGUCGAAAGACACCGAUCAUUGACCACCUCGAGCGUCUCAUCAGAGAAACUAUUGCAAAGCAUCCAUUGCCCUGGGAACAACGUCUAAUGCGUCACAAUAUCACAACCACGGAUGUGUCAGAGAUUGGGAACGGUAGUAUGCCAUCUCUCCUCUUAGCUUUGAUCCUUGCAAGCAUUGACAUCGACGUAAGAAGCACUGCCACUAAGACCUUUUCGGUUCUGUGCUCUCGAGCCUCUGGACAACCGAAUGGCGCCGACCUGCAGACUCUCGCCGAAAGAGUCGUGGGACUAUACUUGGAGCGAAAUCAUGAAGCGCGCGGAGAAUUCGCCCAGAACGUUCUUCCUGUCGUCCUGAGCGACAAGACACGAUUUAUGGCCUUCGUGGAGUCGAAAACAAGUUCUUGUCGCAAUGGCGAGGCAGAAUUGGCGCUGUUUCUAUCGACUCUGCGAGCCGGUGCUUCGAAUAACACUUUAUCUGAGACUGAAGCCGUAGCAAUCUUGAAUACUGUAUUCCUUUCGCAGACUUCUGCCCGGUCUUCCCAGCAAGAUCAUUAUCAUUGGAUCAAACAUAUAUUCAAGCUAGCAAGCUCGGAAAUCCAAAUCAUAAUUUAUGGACUUCUGGCGGCGUCCCGUGCUGCACAUACUAUCAUCCAUGCUGACGGGCUGGAUUGUAUCGCUUCGAGUUUGAAGUACCUCUACAAUGAUGCAGACGCUCACGAUAGAGGUGAAAUCCUAAGCAUAACUAAGAGGCUGCUGAAGAGAGUCCAGACCGGGUGCUCGGCACUUUACAAGAGGUCGCAGCACAGCGCAAUCGACUCUGAAAAUGAUGCAAAGCUAGCUUCAUAUCAAUCCUUCACGGCCCGAUACUACAACUUUCUACGCUCAGAGCUGGGGACUGGAGUGUCUUAUCCGCGUCACAUACUAGCGCUACAAUCCCUUCAAUACUUCUUCAGUUUGUCAGUGGAGCCCGGCAUGUUCCUGAGUGACCGCGAGCUUGCGAAGUCUCUGUGCAACCUCAGCCUAGAUCCCUUUGAGGAUGUGAGGGACUUAUCGGCAAGCCUUCUUCAGUUCAUAGCCUCAGAGACGCCAGAAUUUGUAUCUCUUACUGUUAGUCCUGGUCUUUUGCAUGACGUCGAAAUGCUAGCCCUGCACACUGGGAGGGGUGAUCAUGCUGAUGGCAUGGGCAGGCUUUGGGCGGUGCGAUCUCACACUAACGGCGUCGUCGAGUCCGCGCAAGCUGCUGCCGAGAGAGCACUGAUGAUGCAUAUCUCGAAACUGGAGAAUUUGUUGUCGAAAGUGGGAAGUCUACAACCCGGGUCGGACUUUCCGUUGCAUGGAUCUUUGCUGGCACUCAAUUAUCAGCUUCGGAACCUGAAAGGGCCAGGGCUGGACGCGACAUCCGAUUCGGCCCGGAUCUUGAAUCUAUGUCGUCGGAUCUGGAAUGAAGUCAGGCCUCAAUUGUGUGUUGACUCCCCAGAAAGGACUUCAGACCUUGCCGACGAUGACGGGACAGAAGGUCCGAAGGAUUUGCUCGCUUAUUCCUGGAGAGCCCUUCGCGACUCAAGUCUUGUUGUGCAAUCGUUGGUCAUGGCGUCUAGGCCGAGUAAGGAGCUGUAUUCUUCCAUUGGGGAUCUUUGUAUGGACGAGUUGAUGUCCCUACGGCAUCGGGGUGCCUUCUCAACCGUCGCAAAUACCUUCCUACUCUGCUGUGAUACAGUUCGUAACGCAGUUGACCCGGGUGCCCGAGAUCUCAUCCACAAAUGGUACAAAAUCGCUCUGAGCCAGAUCGACGAACAAGCUGACCGUCUCACACGACGCUCUGCAGGACUUCCUGCCAUGAUGACGGCUCUGCUCAGCCCUGUUGAUACAGAGUCCUUUUCACGUGCAGUGUCUGACCUUGUGGGCAUUGCUGGACAGAGACCCCAGAACACUGCUCUUGCUGGAGAAGAACUGAGGUUGCCGCAAGUGCAUGCUCUCAAUUGCUUGAAAGAUAUCAUGACUGCGUCUAGAUUUUCGGUUAUUGUUAUUCGGUUUCUGUCGCCGAUUGUGAGGUUGGCCGCUGCCUGCCUCUCGUCCAAAAUCUGGGGCAUCAGGAACUGCGGGUUGAUGCUGCUAAGAGCUUGCAUAAAUCGCCUUGAUCUAUCGAACAGGAACGAGAACAUUGCCUCACAAGACUCGAAGCAGGCGCCUGCUGUUGACAAUCCGUCACUUGUAGCAGUUCAGUUGCUUGAAUCAGCACGCCGAGUCUCUGAUGAAGACCCCGACAAUGCGAUGAAUGCCACCGAACUCGUGUUUGCAGGCCUCGACCUCCUUGGACAUACUCGAAGCAAGGAUAGCAAGACUACAGAAAUGGGAAUCGUCAUUGCUCGAGAGCUGUCAAACCCAACUUGGGCCGUAAGGGAUCACGCAGCACGUCAGCUAGCCCAGUAUUUGUCGAAUCUAGGCCCCAUGCUGGCUGCACAGAGGCUACUCGAAGUGGCAGCGCCGGCAGAAUGCGAGAACAGAACCCAUGGAGUUCUGCUCUGCUGCAGGUACAUCAUGAAAGCGGACGUCCAGCCUCUCGCUGAACCUGACCUUGAGAGAAUGUUACCGCUGCUGGGAGAUAGCCUCGCCACAACAUCCGGCACAAUAAACUCCCGCUCACCUUAUGUCAAUGCGGCAUGGUUGGACAUCCUGAAUGAUGCUGCCGUGCUCGUCGCGAAUAACGGAUGGCGCCAACAGAUGCUCAGCACAAGCUGUUCACAGGAUUAUUUGAGCUCUCUCCAAGCGCUCAACUCUGCCCACAGCACAUUUCUGACGCAGCGACUACUUUUGCAUAAAAUCUUUCGUUAUAUGCUCACCGACGAAUCUAUGCCAUCUUACGGCGAGACUGUGCAAUCUAUUGCUACUGAGCUGGCGGACGACCCAGAGGCAAUGUGUUUCGUCUUGGACAUCAUUAACGAGAAGCUGACCGGCCGACCAAGGCUCUCUCUAUUCUCUUUAUUUGCGCAUGUGGUCAAUGAGAGCUACGAGACUAUUCUACUCAGGCCAGACGUUCUUGGAAAAGCUUUCUACUUCUUGGAAUCGUGCUUUGCAUCCAGCAUCAGGCCUGGCCUUGAAUCACUGCGACUGAUGAGUGAAAGAAUUGAUCUCAGACAGCUGUCAACCACCAGAGACUUGUGGAACGCAACCCUGAGACUUGAGGCGCAUAUACUGGGACUUGUAGUGCUCCCAGGAAAUGGAGGCACUGCAGCUAGGCAACGCACCAGUCUAUGGCUUGAUGCUGUUGAAUAUGCCUCGAUGGACUACCUGGAUUUCCCUACUAGGUUGAGCGCCGCAGCUGCCCUAUCGACUCUCAUUGGACACCUGCAGCCUGCCAAUCUUAACUAUGAUGGGCGCGAUAUCAAGCUCCGUAUCCUGCUCGUUGUAUAUGAUUUGUUGAACGACGACGAUGAGGAGGUCCGCGCUGAGGCUGUUGCCGCCGCUGGUAAGCUGGAUCUACAACACGUAUCUGCCAUUGGGGGUCUCGGCCUAUGUGCUCUUGCUGCACGAGAAGUUCUCAUUGAGGAGCUGCGCCAGCAGUACCGACAUGAAGUAUUGUUAACUGAGGCUGCAUUGGCCAAGGUGAUGCGAGUUGGGCGCGAUAGUGAGAGUGGCUUCUUCGAGAGGGAAGUCGUGCGACUCUUCGAGACUUCAGUAUCGUCAAGGCUUGCUGAUAUUAUCAGAUCAAAAACUGAUCUUUUUGCCGAGGAGAGACAAAAUCUCUUCGUUGACGACAUUGGUGAGAUUGAGGGUUGGACAAAGGUUCUGUGUCAAUCAGCGUACCGACAAUUCCCACAGGACCAGCUUCAAUCUAUGUUCGUGUGGAUCUCAGAAGGAUUGGACCAAGUUUUGGCCAUGAUGCAAGUCGAGCAGAAGAGAGCCGACACGAGAGGAGCCUCUUUUAGCAUCUCAACAUUUGUGCAUCCGCUCGGGGCUACCUACGAUCACGACUUGCUGGUGGUUUUUCUACAAGUCACCAGCCUUGCGGGUGUGCUCUUGAAUUGGGAAGCAACAGCGGAUUCCAAAGCUCACUUGCAUAAAAGGCUGGAGCAACUUCACCUCUUGUGUACACAGGUACAGUGCAACGAGGUGCUGACCAGGGCAGUCAAUCAUGCGCUGGGAAUGGUGAAAGUAAAGUGAAGGGUGCCCGCGAGAACAAUAGCAAGUAAGCCUGAAAUAUCAGCUUCGCACGCGCACCUUUCUAGACAUCACAACGUGCAAUUCCCUGUUCGAAAAAUAAUACUCGACGCCUGCAACGCAUGAACAGAUCUCGAAACCAAAAGAUCCCCCCGAGACACGCACGACAAGACAUUACCACCUUUCAAGAACGGCGAUGGAACCUGGCUUAGCUAUCCUGCUUUGUUUCGUCCUCAUCAUUCCCUUCUGCGCCUGGAUCGCGUGGCGAUUCUUCAUGCCAAUGAUACAUGACCAGAUGGCAAUGGUGGAAGCAGGAGAACAGCGCGCUGCUGAGGGUCGUCCACCAGCUGUGAACAGAGGAUAACACAGAAAACCUCCACUGGACAAUAGGAGGACGCUGAGAAUAUGCAUUGUGGUUGAUGUUGAUGACCUGUUAGAUUGCGAAUCUUCUGGAGCUGUUCAUUAGAAUUGUCACCCUAUGAAUGGGAGAUCUGAGUGC